AUGGCCUUUCUCAAGCAGCACGAGGUGCAGGCAGAGCCCUGGCGUAAUCUCGCUGCCCGCGCAGCGACACCGCGAGGUGUAGCAAAGCAGCGCGUGGCCAUAGUGACCGUCUGCGAUUAUGAUCCCACGCAGACGCCUCUUGCGAGAUUAUCAAAACUCAACAGAGAUGCAUAUGCCAAGAUGCACGGAUACGAUGUGGUGAUGUAUGAGAAGGCGCCCCUGUUUGCGGACCCGCUGGCAGAGCUGCUGACGGAGCCCCUGGCCCACCGGCCGCCAGCAUGGUCGAAGGUGGAUGCCCUGCUGGAGACAUUGGCGCAGGGACGCCAUGACUGGGUGAUGUGGUUGGACUGCGACUCCUUCUUUAUGGAUCCAGAGGUGCGCCUGGAGGAGGUCGUCGCCCUGGCGGAGAGCCGCUGCCCUGCGGCGCCCGGCGACGACGCGGCUGGACUUCGAGAGCUGGUUGCAAAGUGGCAAGCAGGCCCGGAGAAGGAUCCGCUCUACUUUGGAAUGUCUCGCCCGGAACUGGGCCCGAGAAAUGUUGAGGUGCACUCGGAGGAAUUGAAGUUUGAGCCAGAAAAUGCCGUGCGGGCUCUCGUUCUUGCCAUGGCAGAGCCUGUGAGCCGGUCUGGGGCGAUUUCGACGCAUGCGAAUGUCUCGAACGAGCUUCGACCAUUGCUUUCAGACACGCGUUUCGAGUGCGUUGGUACAUCUGGGUGA